GAAGCAAAGUUCAUCGAUUCAUCCACGCGUUCGUUGCUCUCGUGUUCCAUCACGCGACACGCGCAAUUCGCUUUUCCAAGACCGCGCGAACAAUCGAUCGAUUCACGUUGGAUUGCGCGGAUAUCACGGGUGGAAUAUUAUUAGUGGAUAGCGUUAUCGGCGAUAAAAGGAAAGGAAAAGCCGAGUGGAACCGUAGUCACGAGACUUUCAAUUCUCCUCGAACGAAAAAGGGGUCGAAAGUCAGGGCGAUAAGGCGAACAUAAGCGCGAUACCGCGGCCUUUCACGAUCGAAUAAGUAACCCGAACGAUCGGCGUUCGUGCAGUCGAUUUUUCGCGCGUGCCAGCACGCUUCUGACCCGAUCAUGAGGGACUUGAACAGGAAGUUGGACUGUCAGGACUAUGCCAAUGGUCAGAAGUUCGACCUGAUCGCGGAGAGUAGGAGCAACGACCUCGACUCGUCGCUUCACAACGACGAGGAGCUGGUGGAUCCCCAGUGCGUCGAGGAGAACCCUCGCAAGAUCACUUUCGAGGACAUCACAUCGGCUGCCUUCAAGAUCAAGGGUGGAAUUAUCAAUACAUCAUGCGUGAGAUCACGUCUGUCAGAUGUGACCGGUAUCGACCUAUACCUGAAGAAGGACUUCCUCCAGAUCACUGGAAGCUUCAAGGAACGCGGGGCAAGGUAUGCUCUGAUGAUGCUGUCCGAGGAGCAGAAGAAGGCCGGCGUGAUCUCUGCCUCGUUGGGCAACCAUGCCCUUGCUCUCUGUUAUCACGGCUACAAGCUCGGUAUACCGGUGACCGUGGUGAUGCCGGUACUGGCGCCGAUCAUGAAGAUCACCGCCUGUCGUCAGUACGGCGCGGACGUGAUCGUCGAUGGCCUUGAUAUGGCAGAGGCAAAGCGUAUCGCUUUGCGGAAGAGGGCUGAGAAAGGGCUGACGUAUAUAAAUGGAUACGAUCACCCUGACAUCAUGGCGGGCCAAGGAACUCUGGGUCUCGAGAUCGUGGAGCAGGUGUCGAACAUCGACGCAGUGAUUGUUCCCAUUGGCGGAGGUGGUCUGAUCGCGGGGGUAGCUUUAGCCGUGAAAACGUUGCAUCCUAACGUAACCAUCAUCGGCGUUGAGUCGGAAAGGUGUCCCAGUUUCUACAUGGCGCGAAAAGCGGAUCGACCGGCCUACACACCUUCGAAUUCGACUUUGGCCGAUGGCCUGGCAGUUCCCAUGGUGGGGUACAACGCCUUUGCCACCGCGAACUCGUUAAUCGACAAAUUGAUCGUGGUGAAGGAGGAGUGGAUAGCCAUCGCGAUUCUGAAACUGGUGGAGAACGAGAAGUGCAUUGUCGAGGGCGCUGGUGCGACCGGGCUGGCUGCCAUUUUGGCCGGUCAGCUGGAAGAGCUCAGAGGCAAAAGAGUGGUGCUGCCUCUGUGCGGAGGAAACAUCGACACUACGAUCCUAGGCAAGUGUUUGGAGCGUGGGCUAGCAGCGGAAGGUCGGCUUUUGAAGUUUAUGGUGACCGUGUCCGAUCGACCGGGCGGAAUCGCGGAGCUGUGCAGAAUGCUGGCCAGCAUCGGGGUCUCGAUAAAGGAUAUCAUGCACGAGCGGGCUUGGAUUAUGUCGGACAUCUUCAGCGUGGACGUGCAAGUGGUCUGCGAGACCAGGGAUCGGGAUCACGUGGAACAACUGAAGAACAUGCUGUAUCAGAAUUAUCACAGGGUCGUGUUCGGUAGCAACGACAUGUCCAGCUCGAAUUUACGCUCGCCCCUCAGCGUGUAGCCUGUCCUCCCGAAUUCCAGUUUCCUGUGAUAUGGACGUCGACCAGAGGAUUCGAAAUGGUGGGAAAUAUCGCGGGACCGAUAGAUCGGACAUGAUUCUUUUCACUGUGCCAGGGCAGGCAGGCUCGAUUUAUGCGGACAUUUAAGUAACCCAGAUUCGAUUCCCAGGCUCGAGUACUUUUGCGCGUAGCGCGGUGCCAGUCGCUGGUCGCGAAACAGGAGGAAACCGCGAACGUUCCGCAUCGAUUUCCAUUGUAAGCUCGAAUUAUUGUCCCAUAUACCGGUUGCGAGCCAAGUCUCUGAGCGUGGAUAAAGACACCACAGCCACGGCCGGUGGAAAAAGCGGAACGCUCGCGUUUCAAACGGGCUACCCCUCUGCGUAAUUUGCAUCCGAAGGAGGGGUUCGAUGGCUCGAAAUUCGAGAGCCUGUACGCAACGCGCGUUACGCCGAGGUGUAAACGCACACUCGCGAAAUUUAUUACCGUUACCAAGCCUCCACCUCGGCCAGACUGACGCCCGAAACGACCAAAAUUCCACCCUCUUGCUCAUACGUCGCUCGCGUCUCGUUUUAUGUCGGGAUAUGUGUCGCUGCCGCCUCUACGAGCACACGAUUGCGUUUUUGCCUAAGCGACCGAUCGUAAAGCGUUCGUUUACGAGCUCGAUAACGACGCCGGCCCUUAUUACAGGAUGACUAGCUAUUCCACAACUUCCGGUUGCUCGUUUCGCUGAAACACGGCUUAUUCUAAUCGGCGGGAAAUGGAAGAGAACUGUCGUAUUUGACUUUAUUGGAGUAAAAAAGACUGUCCGUGUAUUUCUCCAGAGGAAAACACCGCGUAGACCGAGGUUUCGAACGCGAAACUGAGAUUUCACGGCGCGUUAAUGGCUGCGAGCGUGGAUCGAAAUACGAAACUGUUCGCGGAGAAAUUGGGUUACCGUUUCGCGUUAAUAUUAUUCGUGAUACCGCAUGAAAAUAUAGCUCUCGAAGCUGGGCCACGGACAAAAUAUUUGCGAUUAAAUUUCUACUGCUUCGCACCGGAAGUUUGUCGAUCGCUUUAGACCCCGUGUAUCGAUUCGAGUUCAAUUUCGAUUCAGGAUGAAUCCGGGUAAAAUCGUUAUAUCCUUCAUCGACCAUUCGUCUGAAUACGAGCAUUUCCAUCUCCAAAUAUAGUUGUACUUUCUUCGCUAAAUUUCUAUAAAGUUUGCAACUUUCGAAUUCUUUUUGGGAGAUUAAUUUUGUUACUACUCGAACUAUUUCCGAGUUUGCAUUUCGGCAAGCCAGUUUUGGAUUUCAUUCUCUGAACUUCACCUUUUGUAGUCACGAGAAAUUUGUAUCGAUAAUAUCGUGUAAAUAACGCGACAUGGGUUGUAAGAAAAAUAUUCGACGAGAUAUACCAUAUUUAUACGUUUAUUGGAGAUACGGGUCGUGGUGGCGCUAGUGAGUUAGGCGCAAACUCGUCUUAAGGCUGCCUUAUACCGCUUACUCGUGAAAGGUUGCAGUUAUAUCUCUGUUUAUUACACAAAUCUCUAGGAAACGUUUCAUCCAAAUCAGAUCUUCUUUGUAAAAGUAUAAAAUCAUGGUCCACCAAUUUUUAUUGUCGCAUAUAUACUGCGAUAGGAAGCCACAGUAACUAAAAGCGUAGACUUUAAACAUUCUACACUGAUACGAUACCUUUUUGAGAUAUUUCUGUCCUGUGCUCACUUUUUCCUUAUCAUUCUAACUUAUAACAGCAGCCAACUGUGCUAUAAGGAAAGGGUUAGAACCAGAGUCGAGUAAAAUAUGAGUUCCGACAGGUUGAAGAACACAAAUUUCACUAGGACCUGUUUUUUCGUUUUAGAAUUUUCGCAGAAGCCUUGGUCUUUCAUUAUUAACCUGAGCCACGAUGUAGGACUAAGGCUGCUGUAACUCGAGAUUCGGAUUAACGCGUUUUCGCAUUUCGGUGGAGUAUUGGCGCGAAGCACGCGUGUGUCGCGGGAUUAAUGCAUCUUUACGCGGGGACUGCUCGGUUUCGUCGCGUUACACGCUCGAAUAAUAUAUCGCACACGUUACGCCGGAGGUAUCCCGGCUCCGUGCUGAAAAGACUCGACUUCUGAAGCUCCUUUCAGCGCCGGCUCACAAUACAUGACGAUAUGUCACCUUUCUAAUAUCGGGCUGCUCCGGAUGAGUUAUGAUAUGUGAACCAGCCGAAGAGGGAAGCUGCGAAGAGCCUGGCUCCGCCGGCAAUGAAAGAUCCGCGGAUCCUCUUUUAUUUCUUUCUUUUUCCUCGCCUUUUCACGUGCCUCGCUCCAGACGUUGCGUCGAUGAAAAAGUGGAGAAAGGAAAGGGGAAAACUGGAGCAACAUUGUGCCACCGGGUACGCUGGCUUCGCGGCUACUGAGGCAUUGUAAGACGCUCGGAAAAGCAAGCAGCAGAGGUGGUAGAGAUUUUUGUCGGGGCUGCCAAUGCACUCAUUAGUUUGAUUAGUAGAUCUGCUGGGUAGACUCGCGGGAAAUUUAGCACCGGCUAUUUUUAUUCCGAGGUUAAUUCGAAAACGAGAAAUGAGCGAUGGGAAAUAAGCUUAUUGGAGAGAAGAACGGUUCCGAGGGACUCGUAGAUUGAUCGCGAAUGAACGAUCCACUUAAUCGUUUCGAAAUGAUGAAAGUUAACAUGAUGAGAGUUAACAAGAUGAGAGAGAGAGAGAGAGAGAGAGAGUUUAUUCGAAAACUAACGUGCUUUGUAGCACGAUUUAAUUCUGAAAAACGAUGUAUCGGAAAAGUAUUUAAUUUUAGUUAACCAUUGUACCUCUACUAUAAAAUCUACGAUAAAAUUA